UAAAUGCCAACGAAACCAAAAAAUCUAAAAUAAGUAUGAAAUCUCUAUGUAAUGAUUACUCGUGUAAAGAAUGUGUGAUUGGCUUACUUUUCUGACAGUUUCCAUCGCACGCAUUUGCUUCCGGCGUAGCAAAUACGCCAACGCCGCCUCCCGUAAGACCGAGCUGAGGGAGAAAACGGCACCAGGGCAGGAUAGCGUUCCAUUAUGUUCAGGUUUUCAUGCUGUCAGAAGCUGCCAUCCUUCUCUCUGUCUUACUACCGUAGAAAUAAAAAGAAGACUACAUAAUUAGGAGCAUAAUGUAGUUAACAAUCAACAGAAUCAAGUUCUGUCAUCAUGUUGCUGAGCUAACGUCAGCUACGAGGCUAGCGAGGUUACUUUGACAAUCCUUUUUAAGUUGCUAGCUGACAGGUUAGCUUACCGCGGCUAACUCCGCUAUGUGAACUCACUCAGAGGCGAUAAACGAACUCCCUGCAACUCUCAGCUGGGUGUUGCAGGUCGCUCUCAUGUGCCCAUGGAGAAGGUGGCCUUUGAGGGGUGGCUGGAGUCAAUCUCCACCACUUUCCUUACUCUGAAUGACCAGCAGAGGAACCAGUCUCUGGACCACCUCAUCUCUCUGAGCGGUGCUGUUCAGCUCCGUCACCUGUCCAAUGGGCUGGAGACGCUGCUCAAACGGGACUUCCUGCGCCUCCUUCCUCUGGAGCUGGCUUUCUACCUGAUGCGCUGGCUCGACCCUGAGACCCUGCUCAUCUGCUGCCGCGUCUGCAAACAGUGGAAUAAGGUCAUCAGCUCGUGCCCUGAGGUGUGGCAGGGUGUGUGUCGGGAGCUCGGCUGGAGGAUCGACGAGUCCAUCCAGGACGCCACUCACUGGAAGGGGAUCUACUUGAAGGCCAGACUGAGGAUGACGCAGCUGAAGGACCAGGAGGCCUUCGAGACGUCGUCCCUCAUCGGACACAGUGCUCGAGUGUACGCCCUCUACUACAAGGACGGACUCCUCUGCACAGGAUCUGAUGACCUCUCUGCCAAACUUUGGGACGUACGUACCGGCCAGUGCAUUUACGGGAUCCAGACUCACACCUGUGCCACAGUGAAGUUUGAUGAGCAGAAGCUGGUGACCGGCUCCUUCGACAACACUAUUGCAUGCUGGGAGUGGAGCUCCGGUGCUAAAAUCCAGCAGUUUAGAGGCCACACAGGAGCAGUGUUCAGUGUGGACUAUAACGACGAGCUGGACCUGCUGGUCAGCGGCUCUGCGGACUUCUCUGUGAAGGUGUGGGCACUGUCGGCUGGGGCGUGUCUCAAUACUCUAACCGGACAAACCGAGUGGGUCACCAAGGUGAUUCUACAGCAGAGUGAGGUGGAGUCUAUGCUGCACAGUCCGGGGGAUUACAUCCUCCUUAGUGCUGAUAAAUAUGAAAUAAAGGUCUGGCCUUUAGGCAGAGAGGUAAACUGCAAGUGUUUGAAGACUCUGUCGGUGUCGGAGGAUCGCAGCAUCAGCCUGCAGCCUCGUCUUCAGUUUGACGGGAAAUACAUCGUCUGCAGCUCCGACCUCGGGGUCUACCAGUGGGACUUCGCCAGCUUUGAGAUUCUCAGGGUGAUAAAGACACAGGACCCAGCUAACCUGUCCCUGCUGAGUUUCGGCGAGGUCUUUGCGCUCCUCUUCGAUAACCACUUUCUGUACGUGAUGGACCUGAGGACUGAGGCGAUCUCGGGACGCUGGCCUCUGCCGGCCUACAGAAAGUCCAAACGAGGGUCCAGCUUCCUGGCCGGGGUGACGUCGUGGCUGAACGGCCUGGACGGGGACAAUGACUCUGGACUGGUGUUUGCCACCAGCAUGCCCGACCAUAGCAUUCACUUAGUCCUGUGGAGGGAGAACGGAUAGAGGAGGGGGACACGAGCCGCCAUGAUGGGUGCUCCAAACAGCCAAGAUACACAAUGCAUGGACCAAAGCAUUUUGUUUUUAUCUGUUUCUUCCUCAGCAUACAAUCCUCCUCCUCUCACACACACACUCACAGACUGAGAAAGAAGGGGAAACUAUCGCUCUGGAUUCUUCAGAAAAGUAAAGCUCUCUGCGGUCUUCUGAUGGCGGGCAGAGACAGAAGCCAACAUGUGUCAGUGGCAACUAAAGAAUCUGUCAAAAAUAAACACAACCGUAGAUGCUCUGGUGUGAGAAUCUAAAGGGUUAAUGUUUCUGUCACAUCUGCUCUUUGAUCAGUGACACAGUUGGAACAUGCCGACCUUUCAGUCAUCGUCUUGGGGUCAACGUUGGCCUCUGAAGACGGCGUCACGUGAGCUGUAUCUCAAACCUGCAUGAUGCUAAGCUGCUCACUGAGCAGAUCUGCAGAAACAUUACAGGAAGAGAAGAGUCGCCUUAAAUACAGACAGUGUACAUAACGGAGAACGUCUCCUGUGAGGUCAGAGGGUCACGUUAAAGGGGAAUUUUGGUAUUUUUAAACUAAAAACCUUUUGUUUUUCUUAUUCUGGUGUCGAAACGACUAAAAGGUACAAAAAGUGUCUGAAUGUCUCCAGUCGAUUUGUUCAUCCUGCAGGAGGUGAACAGGCUGUUUGUGUCUGUACCUUUAAAUAUGUAAAUGAGCUGUGUCUGACCACGCCCCCUCUCUGGAAGGGCUCAGGUGCCUCGGUCUUUCUCUCUCCAUGUCCUAUUGUUUACGGUGAGAAGGCAGACUCAGAGGGCAGAACAAACACCUAGCUGUGGGAGUGUCACCCACCUGGGGGAGGGGUUACUGCCCUUUGUGAUGUCAUGAAGGGAAAAUCUCCCAACGUCCUGUUUGAGCACACAUUUUCUGAAAAGUGGAGCAGGCAAAAGACGGAGAGGAUGGACUUUUCUCAUCAUUGGAGGGUUUGUAGACUAGAGACACAUAUUAGAGUUAGAGGAACAUGGUGAAGACGUUACAGUCUGUUUACCUGCAGCAGGAUGAAGAGAUCAACCGGAGACAUUCACAUUUUUAUGUUCUUAUUAUUCAUGUGGAACCUAAAAUAAGUAAAACCAGGUCCAGAGUUUAAACAGUACUUCCGCUCCCCUUCAAAGGAGGUGUCCCUGAGAGCGUUUCAGACGGUCUGCAGUGACCCGGGUGCUGAGGUGGUUUUGGUACAUUGUUGUGUACAAUGUAAAACUUUGUGAGGUUUCAUGUAAUCGCAGAAUCUGCUUUUUCUACAGGAUGUGUGGUUUAAACGUGGGCUUGAGAAAAUGUGAUGUGCCUUUUUCAGUUGGUUUGAUGUUACAAACUAGAAUUCCUCGGCACGUUGCAGUGAGCUGCUGCAUUGUAACUUACAUUCAUGUUUUUUCAUAUAUUUACUGUGCUCUAACAGUCCAGGAUGUCUGUACUUUUAUAGUUCUCUUCCUGACAGUGACUUGCUUAUGAAUCGUCGACUCUGUGAAAACAUCAGGGUUAGUUUUCUUAACUACUCGAUGCGUCUGAGGGAGCGACAAACGGACGGUCUGCUUUGUGCAAAAUAAUAAAAACUAUUAUUUCAGACUGAAAUUUGAAACCUGACAAUUCGACUUCUACAAAUGUGAAUGUUUGCUUUUCCCAUAUUCUUCAUUGACGUCUUCCUGUACAUCAGGCAGCACAGGUUGAAAUGUAUUCAUGUGCACCAAACCUCGUCACUAAAAGGUGAGUUUGCACUACAGACACAGCAGCAGAUUUACAGACUGUCACUUCAGGUGUUCGAGUCCAGUAGAUUCUGUCUGCAGCUCCAAGUUCAAAUGAAAAAACCUGAUUUGUACAUAAAGAGACAAAGUAAAAUGGGACGUAAAGCUCUUGCUGAUGUAUCUCUUCAGAGUGGAUUGCAUUGAAUCACUGCACACUGGUAUUUCUCACACUCUUCUAUCGCACUGUCACCUGCAUCGGUCUACAAUCAGCUCAAUACUGCAGACUUUCAAUAAAUACAGCAAAUGCA